CCAGGCAGUCUGCACAUGAGCUCUAGCUAUCCUCAUGCCCCAUACUUCAUUUAUUUCUGUACCAUGGAAUCCCCACCUGGGUAGGGGACUCUGCAGCAGAGAGGGGAAGGAGAAUGGAUAAUGAAGCACUCAUAGGAACAUGCAUCUCAAGGAACUCCAGUUACUAUUCAAGGUUUAAACCUAUAAAUAGGGACAGAAAACUGGACAAUGCUGUCAAAGAAAUAUUGCUGAUACAAGACUUCUACCAUUAUGGGGAGCAACGACAUGAACAAGAUGGAAGUCAAAACCAGCAGACAGGUUUUCCUGAGAUUACAGAAGAUGACUUAUCAAGUGUUAUCCCUCAAGAAGAAACGUUGAAGGAGCGCUCGCUUAAAGGGGCCAAGAAACAAGGGAAUCAACCCCGCCACACGAUUUUGAACAACCCUGCACAACCAAAUCCCUCAUUACACAGUCAGCUGGUCUUAAAAAGGGCCAAAAAAUCUACCUCUGAAACAGCGACAGUUUCCAGGGGUGGGGAAAAGGGGAUCAGACCCCCUGAUGUUGAACCACCCUGCACCUCCAGAGCUAAGAAAUCUACCUCUGCAGCUUCCAGGGACAUUGAAACAAGACCAAAGGAUCCCUGCAGGCACAAUCAGGAGAAGAGGGCUUUAACAGGGACUUGGUGCACAGUAGAGUUGGUGGAGGCUUUAAACAAAGGGUACAGGAUCGCUGAAAUUUAUGAAGUUUGGCAUUUUAACUGCUCUUCAGAUGCCCUGUUUUCAGACUACAUUAAAACACAACUGAGACAGAAACAAGAGGCCUCAGGAUUCCCUCACUCGUGGAUGGACGAGUUAAAAAAAAACCAGUACGUUAAAGAGUACCGGGGACGAGAAGGCGUGUGUCUGUGUCUAAACAAGAUAAAGAUCAACCCCGCAAAAAGGCAAAUCUCAAAGCUGUUUUUAAAUUCCUUGUGGGGAAAAUUUGGUCAGCGAACAAAUUUGACUAGCACCAGUACAGUAACGGACCCUGACGAGCUCUUCAAGCACAUCUUUGUACCUUAUUACGAUGUGUCAGCGUGCGAGUUUAUCGAUGAUGAUACGGCAGUGGUGUCUUGGAAGUACACAAAAGAAUGCUGCACCCAUUCCAGCAACACUAAUGUGUUUAUAGUGUGCUUUACCACCGCUUAUGCCAGGCUAGAGCGCUACCAUCUGUUAGAUCGCUUACAGGAGCGGUCUCUUUAUCAUGAUACAGAUUCUGUAAUUUUUGUGAGUAAAAUAGUGUUUUACUGAGUAACAUCUCAGAAAUAGCGUUCAACGCUAUAAAAGAAAACGUGGAAUCUGUUCCUAAGGAAUCCGUUCCUAAGGGAUUAUUUAUGGGAUCUGACUAACAAAAUACCCCCAGAUGAACACAUUGUAGAAUUUGUGUCCGCUGGGCCUAAAACAUACGGGUACAAACUGUCCAGCGGUAAGACCUGUAUGAAAUUAAAAGAGAUCACACUCAACUCAGGGAAUAGUGAGAAAAUUAAUUUUGAAAGCUUAAAAUAAUUUGUCUGGGAUUACCCCACGGGAGAGAUCCCAAAAGAAAUCAUGGUACAGCAGCCAGGAAUCGUACGGGUAAAAAACAUUGGUUGAUAGAAACAAGAACUCUGAAGAAAACCCAGAAAGUUGUUUAUGACAAAAGAGCCCUCAAGGAGGGAUUUAAAAACCUGGCCGUACGGGUAUUGAUUAUUAUGAAAAGCCAUGUUCGGUUUGUUCACCCCUUUUCCUGUUUGCUUUGUGGCCCCUCGAAUUCUGGAAAAACAUUUUUUAUAAAGCAAUUGUUAGAAAAUGGUAAUAAAUUGUUAUUGUGUAUGCCUGAAAACAUUGUGUAGUGUUAUAGUUGUUGG